GUCUAUCUACUUCAGCCUCACUGUGUCACAGCAACACCCGGGUAGACACGUUUUCUCCAAAUCAUGCAUGGAAAGCGCGAGGAAGACAUUCCGCAUGAGCACCGCCUCCACAGGGUCGGUGAUUGGCUGCCAGGCGACCAUCGGGUGCACAAAGAGUGGCUGAGUGGCAUUAUCGAUCAUGUCGACAGCAACCCAAAAGACUUGCACCCUGUCCUGAAGGAGUUCCAGGACUUGAUUGAGAACAACUCCCGCGUCUACUGCCUAGUGUCAUCCAUGUUUGAGCAGAUCCCGACCAAGAAACCAUAUGCCCGGGACCCAACUGGCGCCAAGCAAAUUCGUGACUACCCUCACAUGCUCCAGCUUCUCAAUCAUCUGAUGACCACUGCUCCCCACUGGAAUGACAAGUCGGAAAAAGUGGGCAUGGUCGGCCUACCUAUCAACGCAGUCCUGGACUGGCCCAUGGGAACGCCGAGCGGCUUCGCUCUCUUUAUGGAUCCCGACGUCAAUGCCAUGUUGAAAAAAGUACUCAAUGCCUGGGGAGAAUUUCUGCAGUCCGAGAAUUCAGCUAAGCAGGCCUUAAACGAGAGCUCGAGCGGUUGGUUCAGCACCACUGGAAAAUCUGACCUAACCGCUGUGUCCAACAAGGCGGCUAGCCAGUCACACAACUUUGAAGACAUAUUCGAUUGCGAUCCUUCUAAGCCCUACCAUGGCUUCAAGUCUUGGGACAAUUUUUUCACAAGAACAUUCAAGGAAGGCGUCCGACCUGUUGCUUCUCCGGACGACGACAACGUCAUUGCUAACUCUUGUGAGUCUAAGCCUUACGACUGUCAGUACAACUGCAAGUUGCGCGACAAGUUUUGGAUCAAGGGCCAGCCAUAUUCUGUCCUGGACAUGCUUGCUCACGACAAGUUGGCACUAAAGUUUGAUGGUUGCACUGUCUACCAAGCCUUCCUGUCCGCACUGAGCUACCAUCGCUGGCAUGCACCGGUCAGUGGUAAGAUCACUAAAGCCUACGUCAAGGAUGGCACAUACUACUCAGAACCUCUGUUUGAGGGCAUUGGGGAUCCGGCAAACAAAUCCGGCGACAAGAUCGAUAUGGGAGGAGAAACCACCUGUCAAGGUUACCUUACUGCCACCGCGACGCGCGCCAUUAUUUUCAUUGAGGCCGACAAUCCGGCAAUCGGACUUAUGGCAUUCCUCGGAGUCGGUAUGGCAGAAGUUUCCACCUGCGAGAUCACAGUCAAGGAAGGCCAGCAUGUCAAGAAAGGCGAUGAGAUAGGGAUGUUCCAUUUUGGAGGGUCCACUCACUGUCUCAUGUUCCGGAAGGGCGUUGAUGUACAAGGUUUCCCCGAGCCUGGUCGCGAAGAAAACGUACCAGUGAGGAGCCAGGUCGCAGUCGUCAAAAACGGCAAGUAGAUUGAUUUUGGUGCUAUGAUUGAACAACCACAUCUUAGCGUGUAACUGAAUGACGAACCUUCAAG